AUGGGUCCUUUUAUCAUUCUUCUACUCCUCCAGCAAGGUAAGAUGGAAUGUAUAUGUGUAAAUCUACUUAAUAACAAUGGAAAUAAAUUAUUUGAAAAAUAUUUUCUUAUUUACAAUAGAACUGAGAUAUCCGAAAGAGAAUUACAUGUUAAUAUAUUUAGAGAAAAUGCCCUGACCAUAAACACUUGAAUUUUAAAAAAGCAAUUUACCACCUUAUUUGCCAUACACUGUUCACGUUUGUCUUUAAUUUAAUAUAUGUGAAUUUAAACCCAUUAAUAUCAAUCUAUAAAAAAAAAUAAUUUUUACUCUGAUGUGUUAUUGUUAUUUAUGUUAAUUUUAAUUUUACAUUUAUAUUUUGAUGUUGUUUGAGAUAUGUUUAACAUCCUAAUAUGGUGUUUACAUUUAUUGUUUAGCAGCUAAUGUGAAUUUUAUUGGUAUAGUGUUUCUCUGUGCUUUACAAAUUAUUAGAACAACGAAAAAACAGGGAAAGCGUCUUAUUUAAAAUCAUUAUUAUCUGAAAUAGCCUUACAGCAAACUAUGUGCACAAAUUAAAUAGCAAAGAUGUGAAGUUUGCAAAAUAAUAUCUUUGGUUUCCAAAUAGAUAAAGUAUAAUAUAUGUAAAAAUAAAUAAAUCUGUAUUCAUUAAAACAUAGGAACCAACGUCUACCUAAACAGAGGAGACAUUGGUCUACUUCACCAGACUUCCCUGGCAAGUACAGUGACACUCUACCAACUUAUACACCUGUUAGGGUGUUGUGACUUCUAAUGUUACCUUUAUCACCCCAAGCCAAUAUGAGAAGCCAUACAUGUCUUAUUAUAACUCAUAUAAUGAAAAAGUGUUUUAUUGCACGUAUAACACCAAUAAAAUAUAAAUUGAAAGAACAAAAAAAAACAGAGCCAGAGGAAGACUCAGAAAGAGAGAUGUACCUCUUGACAACCUUCUUAUUCUAAGAAGAAAUAAUGUACCUCUCACUUCGUGGAAAAAAAAAUAUCCAUAAUUUUAGAAAAUACCUGCCUUUUGUCUUAUGUUUUAAUACAGAAUAGAAGUACCUUGAAUCCUUUUAGUAAGUUAGUAGCUUUUCUCAAAAUCUAGCCCUUAGAUGUUCAUGGUUUACAACCAUCAAAAUCCAUUAAAUGUAAGAGAUGGCCAGAGAAUUAUGUGAGUUAUAUUGAAGAAUUAAACCAUCUGUGUCUUUGGUUAAAGCUGUUUAUGAAGAAUGUUGAGAGUGGAAAUAUGCCUGGAACAAAAACAGUUGAAAGAUGAAUUCAUGGUUGUUAAUCUGAUAUAUGUAAGCUACUCAAGAAGUUUAGAUGUAGAAUCAGAUCCAGACCUAGUCUCAGGAGGAGCACUCCAGAUCCUUAAAGUCCCCUUUAGCUUGCAAGAAGUGCUUUGUGUUUAAAGAGUAUGUCCUCUUUAAAUAGAAAUUGGUACCUUGCUAAAUGAACAUAGGUACACCCUUUUACUGUCAAUCAGGAUGUCUUAGUUGUUUAGCUCACAGAGCUCAACUUAAGAGGCAGGCAAUUGCUCAGAGCACCUGCCUUGAAAAGACUUUAUAAUGAGCUGCAAUUUCAAGGCUGGGACUGGACAGCCAGUCUCUGCUUUCAAAGGAAUCAUAGAAAAGAAAGGCAGCUUUCAUGAGUUGUUUUUGAGGUAUCCACCAAUGUUUUCCAAUGUGGGUAUAUCUACUAAAGAAUAUUUUUUAUUUUUUAUUGUUUACAUUUGGGCAGAGGAGUGUCCCUUUAACCCUUAAGGACGUAGUGAUUACCUAUGUACUCACAAGCAUAUUUUGAUGUUUUGACAGCUUUGAGACAUUUAUAUUUAUAUCACACUAACGUAAAUAGGUUAGCAAAGUCCUGGAAUUACUGCUGACAUAGCAAGAGAACCAAUAUGCUCAAGCUGAAGAACUGGCUAUAUGUAUCUUGCAACAGUUUGCAAUGUUGCUACUUACGUACUAUGUAACAGGGCAGAAAAAUAUUUGGAGUUGUAGCGAAAGUGACCUCUCCACUGGUUUUCACCUCAGGGGGACAGGGGGUACCUACCAUACAGUCGUAUGCGGCAGGUAUGGGGUGAUACACUCAUAUGCCCCACAAGGACUUCCUACCCACCACACCAACGGGAGACAGAGCAGCUAGCACCAAUAUCAGUUAACCAGAUACCCCAAGAAGCCUAGACGGCUAUAGAUGUAACAUGCUGCUCUCUGGACAAAAAACAAGUGCAAACUUUACAACCUCCUCCCCCUCACACAUUACAACCUCCCCCCCUCCCUAUGGGACUAGCAAGCUUCACAUAAAGGGGCACUCCCAGCUCACGGAAAUUAACACCCAAUGCUAAAAUUCGCCCAGCCUAAGGUGAUCUUUCUGGGGACCACUAUUUCAGGAGCACUAUGCUGUCCCCUGAGAGGUAACUGUGCCCUAAUCUGUGCAACCUAAUCCCUACUUUCUGUUCCUGCGGGAUCCACCAGAUAAUAAUAGUGAAUUUUUGCCUCUCUUAAUGUUAUUUUUAUUUUUAUUUUUCCGGCUAUCAGUCUAGUAAGUUAAGUUUAAUGUACCAACAAGACAUGCUGCCUACCUAGACAUGUAUCUCUCAUCUAUUAUAUGCAAAGUUUAUUAUGAAGUUAUUCACCAUUUUAGACAUGACGUCCUAGCUUAGACUUCGUCUAUAUCAUAAUUAUUAAAAAAAUGUGCUGUGCCUGCGAAUGUACAACCUUUUGUUCACCAGUAUUUCAUGAUAUGAUUACACACUACUUUUGUUGUACUGGUGAUGGUAAAUUUCCUUAUAUUCAUAAGUACAACUAAAAAGAAGAACUUAAAAAAAAAGAUACUGUUUCUGCCUCUCGGACUUCUACUGGAACAGAUUCAAACUUUCAAAGUGGCACUUCGACUACAGUCGAAGUGUCGAAGUUGUCACCAUUCGACAUUCGAACAUCUUAUUUGGUCGAACGUGUUCAGCAGUGUUUUGUUGUGGAGUUCAUGGAACUCAAAUCGGACACGCAAUGGCACGAACACCGCUGAACAGUUACCUUCCAGGAAACUUUGACUAUUCGAACGGGAGUCGAACAGCGUUCUGAAUUGAAUCCCACGAACAAGGGACACACAUUUACUAUGUUCAUUCACCGUUACGUUCGGUAAUUCGAACGGUACUUCAACUGUUUAAAAUAGACCGGCCGCAUAGCCUUAUUCUCCGGAACUGUUUUGGGCAUGAACCCAUGCAUGCAGUCGGUCAAAAAGAGACUUCCAGCUAACUUUUGAACCCCUGAACCGAUCUGAGUGAUUUUUAAGUAUGUUGUUCCACCAGAUCGGGGCUAUCAGGGGAUGUAUGUGUUAUGGGGCUCAAAUAUGUUUUUUGGGUGUUUUCAAUAAUGUAUAAAAACGUGUCUUUUUUUUGUUUGGAGAUAAUUGAGUUGAUACUAAAUUAUCUCUCAAGCAUGGGGGAGGGAUUGUGUAUACUGUAUGGGAGUGUCUCAAUGUAAAACUCUAUUUUUAUUAGCUUGUUAAUCUUGUGUCCCUGUGCCCAACAUGGUCAACCUGGGCCUCACCCUUGUUCGGAAACCUGCAUAAAAUGCCAGGUGUGAUUUCCAUUAAACAGACUUACUUCACCCUCAAUCUAGAGUCAUGUCUCUUAUUGGGGGAAACUGCUAUAUCACUACAAGUGAUUGCUAUAAUCAUUAUACUACCUUGGUUUCUCUGAGCUCUUGUAAAAGCUAUUCAUGCUUGACUCUUUGGAGGAAGAGAGGUUCACCCACUGGAACCUGGAGGGUGUGGAGACAAUGAGACCCCAACCAAACCGUGGUGGUUGUGGGGUCUACAGUGCAUAUGGUGUCUGGAGGAGUGCUCGGAUUCCUCGGCAAGUACUAGGAGCAUCUGUCAGUGGAGGUACGUAACCGGGGUACAGGAAGCUCUGUUACAGGAGUAUUCCCUAAUUAUAGCUUGGUGACAAUGAGCAAUUAGUGCAACAGUUUUGUAGCUGCAAACACUGUUAGCAAGUGUAAAAUAAGUAGGUGCUCAGCGGUAUAUUUAGAGAAUCAGAAUAUACAGCACAUGCACUUUGCAACCAACUGCAUACUCCCAUGAUAAUUAAACCCAUUCCUUUGUCAUGUUUAGGGGAUUGACAUGUAAGUUUCCUGCUAUGUCUGAAGCAGGACAUCAACAUAUAUCUUGAAAAGUGGGUAACACUGCUACCUCUACUAUACCAAACUUGAAUACAUGCGAUGGUAAGGUUCCUAGCGCUUGUUAGAUCUGGGUAUGGCAGCUGGUACUUCCCAAACCAGAGUCUCUUCUAUCUGCUAGUAACAAGGUAUAGGUCAGGAAAGGCUACAGGGAAUAAGCGCCUUCUGGGUAUCCUCCAACUCGUAUGGUGGUAAGUAUGGAAAAUAUGAGGACAAAAAACAGAUUAUAGUGUCCCUGUGCCCAACAUCAAGUGCAGAUGGUCCAGGGGACCGCAUACAGAUAUCCGGAAUAAAUGUGCUAGUAUAAAACAUUAAAACCCCCAAAACUGACAUCAAGCCAAAAAUCUCAUGAUGCAGCAUCCAGAGUCUCAAUCCACUGACACAUUUUUAUAUUUUCUAGGGUUCAUACAGAAUGUUAAAGCAGUGCCUCUUUCUAUUUUACACUGAUAUUUAAUAGGAUCUUUUAUAUAUUGCCAGGAUUCUACGUUUCCUAUGUUUUCAGGAUUCUGGCACUAGAUACUUUAAAAGCCAACAUUGCAUGAAUGAGAAAAUAUUUUUUGUUUAUUUGUAGCAAUGGUAAAUAGAGAUGUAGCAAAUAUUUGCCUAACUCCUAAAAGCCUAUUGAUAUUUGAGAGGAUUGAAUUCCAACAAUUUGUAUCAGGGGACAAUCCCUAUAAAUAUGUCUUUCAUUAGCUUCUAACUGACCCCAUCACCAACAAUAAAAAAAACAUAAUCAGGAAACAGUGCACAUGGACUUCACAGUUGGUAAGAUAAAAUCUUCAUAUAACCAGAUGCUAAAUAAAAGUUCCAGGCUGUGUACCUCAAAAUAAUUUAAAAAUAUCCCCUAGAAUAGAAUUGAGAAAGCACACUAAAACCAAAAAAAAGACCUUUACACUGGAAAAUGUGAACUUUUUACAGACUCACAAAUAUCCCUCUAUUGCACAGACAAUGGACAAGAUUUACCAUCCAACAAUCAGACAAUUAUUGCAAACCAGAGAAGAAAGCACUCCAAGCUGCAGGACGCCGAUCUCGCCCAUUUGUCAGAGCGACCUUAAUAUAUGUGGUGUUCCCAAAUUAUGGGCUUUAUCAAGACCUUCACAUAUAUUACACUGAAGAAGAGAAAAAGUAUAUUGGGCAUCAGAUGAAAACAUUGUACACCAGCUUCAAUAUCGGAUACUAUUUGUCACGCCAAGGAUGCAUAAUUCAUUUUUGCACAAUAGAAUAUUGCCAUUUAAUGUAUUAUGUGUAAUGCAUAUAUGAAUUGGCUACUUGGUUGCAAGAUCAGAUGACAGAAGGGGUAAUAUAAAUGGUAUAGGAAUGUGAAAGGGGGCAGGUGGUUUACAACAUGGAUUGAUCUUUUUAUUAGUCAAAGGCUCUGCAAGGUGUGAAAUUCUACACACGAGAUGACUGGAUAUCAAGUUCCAAUGUAAACUAACUGACUUUAAUCAUAUGGCCUCUACCUCUAUUGAUGAGUUAAUUUCUUUAAUAUGUUAAUGAUCAUUAGCUAUCAAGAAAGAAACAAAACAAAAAAAACAAGCCUUGUGUUCCAGUAUCAUAUCCAAAAUAAACACUAUGACUUACCCGCAGAUUAAUAAUUAAGCCUCAUUUUUAUUAUAUUUAGAAUGGGACAAGCACAAUCUUCUAAUCAAGCCUAAACAUGAAUUGCAUAACUUACCCAUAUGGGAAGGGAUUGUGAUGUCUGCUAUAUUAGGUCGCAAGUAAGGAGUGUGAUCUAUGUAUGGAAUGGAAAAAAUGGUAACAAAUUCAUAGAUGCAAAUAUUAUUUGAGUGGCAAGUACAUAAUAGGAGAUUAAACCAAAUGGUUCCAUUUGGAUUGAUGCUGGUCUGGAACACAAGGAGGGUUUCACUUAUUGUUUCAACAGGUACACCUUAACUGAAUCCCUGGGCAAGACUUGAUAAUCCACAGGGUAUAUAUCUAAUGAUUCUGAAGUGUGUUAGGACUUGCUUAGGGUCCACAAUCUGAGUAAGUCACCAUUCCUUGCCAGAGACCCCCUGGGCAGAAGUUUUACUUUGAAAACCUGAGUAAGUGAUAAGGACUUCUGGUAUUUUAUCUUUUUUGUUUUUAUCUGUUGUUGGUGUAAAUAAUUUGAUUGACACCUAUAUUUUUGUAUGCACUGUGACUGUUUUUUGCUCAUAAUAAAUUUUCCUUUAUAAAGUUCUGCCUUUGUCUGGUUAAGAAUCAUGUUACCAGAAGAGACUAAUGAGGAAUUUUGCAAUUACAUAGAUAUUGUGCUAAGUGUAUUUGGUGUUGUUUUUUAUUAUUAGGUUACCUGGGGACCAAGGCACCACAUUUAUAACUUGUCUUGGUGGUGGCAGCGUUAAAAUCGUAAUAUUUAUAUUAUUAUGCUUAAGUGUGGGUGGUGUUAAGGGGGAUUUUAUCAUUGUUUCCAGACUAGUGCAGACAAAUAGUGAACUUUAACCACCACAACUAAAUCAUGUACACUCUUGAAGUAGGGUGAGUUUCUGACACUAUUUAAUACAAAGAUCUUCUUAAAGAUACUUUCAUAUACAUGUACAUUAUAUACAUGCUUUACCAUCAGAAACAGAAUUGAUUAGAAUUAUGCAUAAAUCCCUUUCAGCUGCAACAAGCAAAUUAAACACCUGUCAAUCAAAGAUGGACGAAUCGACUUCCUAAAUAAAUCCAAAUAAAUCAAUUAGUUCAUCUAUUAUUUAAAAAGCAUUUGCUUAUUUGGCACAGCUAAAAGGUAUUUGUGCACAAGUAGAAAACCUUUCAUUCCAUGUGGUUAUUGCAUUAUAAUAACAGUAUAGCUACACUAUUAGAGACAGACUGAAUUUAAAGGAUCUUUCUAGGUAUACAAAAUGCAUUAAUAUGAAGAAAUCUGAUUCAUUAUCAACUAAAUGUUUUGAGCAAAAUAAUUCUAAAAAAUUAGUCUUACUUUUAGUCUUAUUUAUUUAUUUUUUCCUAAUUUUACACUGUGUGAUUUGAAUUGUGUUUCUUUACAGAAAUAAUAGAAAGUUCUGCACAGUAUUACUGCGCUCUGCAGGACAGAACGAUGAGAGUGACAGAGGGAGGAUCUGUUACCAGCCGAUGUACAUUAUCAUACCCUGAACGCGAUGAUUAUACAGCACUGCUAAUACAGUGGUAUGACUCAGAAUAUGGAAAUUGCUACACUGGAUACAAUAUUUAUAACCUCACUAUGAUCUCCACACAUGAUAAAUAUAAAGGGAGAAUCUCCAUAAUGACAAAUCCUGUUGGAAACAAAUCUGAGUCAAUUGAAAUCUGGGAAGUGAAAAGAAAGGACGGUCCAGUAAUCUGCUGCAGUGUUAAUGUCACAUAUAUUUUAAAUGCACCAUAUUAUUUCAGCACAUUAUAUGGGACACAGCUUCUGUUUGAUGGUAAUAAUCACAUUCCGUUCAUAUGAGACAUAUCUUUCGCUGUUUAGUUUGAAUAAUAUAACAUAUUGAGCUGAAUUAUAUAUUAUUCUCGGUGUUUUUCACAUUGCUCCCACUCCUCCCAGCACAGAGCAGAUAUCAAACAGUAGUUGAUCACAGUAGCUAUAACCAGACUGGAAGCCCCUACACCAUCAUGCUGGGCUAUGUGGAUCCAUUUCCUUGUUAUCUUCCCUGUCUGCUCUAAGGAUCUAUUUUAUAAGAAAUAUUUAUUCUUCAAUAUAAUUUUAAUCGCAUCAUGCAACAAUUUUCCUGGGUUUCUCGGUUUUAUGUCUUCUAAGAGUGACUUCAUAACAUAUGGAUCUGCCACAAGGGCACCAAUGUUUUAUAUAAUUAUGGGAGUGUUAAAGACUAACUACAAAAUAGCAGAGACCCCACAGUAUAAUUCUUCCUAUUCCGUCACACCAUACCUUGCAGUAUAAGGGCUAAUCAUAGAGUAGGUGAGCAGCCAGCUCACAGGUAAAAAUAAACUGGAUAAACAGUUGGCUUUUGCUCAAUUCUUCCUGCCCUGUUAACUGAGCACUGGACCUUAAUAUAUAUACCGGGCAAUUGUCAUUUAGGAACCUGUCAUUGGUCCAUACCCUUCAGUAAUUGUAGUAGGUAAGGGGUAUUAAUACAUUUUGGGGGUCUAGUGGACCCUCUAUACACAAAGAAUUCCAUUCUUUGAAAUGGUCAGUCCUCCAGUAUUUAAAUUAAUAUGCUUGUUUGUUCCUUACUCUUUACACGUUGUAAAGUGUUCCCCUGUCUUUUGUAGAAUUACUAUUUCCUUAAGUCACUGUAAUAGGUAAAGUAUAAGAAUGUAUUUAUUUAUUAAAUAUCUAUACACAAAGAGUUCAAUUCUGCAAAAUGGUCAGCCUGUGCAACAGAAUGCCAAUUUUAAUGUAAUGGAAAGCAAGGGGUGGCACUACUAUGACAGUUUUCCAACCUUCUCACUAUCUCAAUACAUGUAGGCAUUUGUGUUUUUGGUCCUUGUUCCUUGAGCUAUUGCACUUUGAUAGGUGCUGCUAUAUUACAUACAUUUAAAAAAAAAUAUGCACCAUUAUCACUUGGAAUUUUUGCUAUUUGUGAUUGGUGUUUUUGUUCAAUGACCUUUAACCUUUUGAAGGCAGUGUCCCAAAACGUGUACCCCUGUCACUUGUAGAAUUACUAUUCCCAUAAAAUGUAUCCAAAUAUACGACUGGAUUGGAAUCGUGGAGUUAGAAUUCUAAAAUAAUGAAGUAUCUGUAUUUUGGUUAAUCUUGCUAAAAAGAAAAAAACACUUGGUCAUCUAACCAAAAACUUUCAAAGUCAAAUCUUUAUUUUCCAUUUUUAGAAAUCCAUAUAUAAAACUAAAUAAAACUAAAUAAAACCAAAUAAAAACAAAGAGACUGUUAUGUAAAAUAUUGCCCAUAAAUUAUUCAGAUCCUGGGAAAGUUCAAUCUUAAUGUCUAGACCAGUGGUUUGCAAAUAUUAGAUCCCCAGAUGUUUUAGAACAACAACUCCCUUGGUGCAUUCCAUGCCUAUGCAAUGUUUAAAAUGGCAAAACAUAAUGAAAUAUGUAAUUUUAAAACAUCUGGGGAUCUACCUUUUGGGCACCACUGGUCUAGAUAAUGGGAAGAACCAGCUGUGCAGCAGUCAAUUGCCACAUUUUACUAUCCAGAGAAGAGCAGGUACCAACAUAGAGUUAUCUGGAGACACCGAGAAAAUGCAGACUGCAGUAGUUAUGGUGCUGCAAGUUCCCCUUAAACCCCUUAAGGACACAUGGCAAGGGGUUAAAGGGAUUCUCCAGUGUUAGGAAAGCAUAUUUGUUUUCCUUGCACUGCAGGACCCUGUAGUGCCCCUCUCCCUCCCACCCCCAUCCCAAGUUGCGGAAGGGGUUAAAACCCCUUCAGUGACUUACCAGAGUUGAGCGCCGAUGUCCCUCGGUGCUGGUCAGGCUCUGCCUACUCUCCACCUACUCUCCUCCCCCGCCAAUGUCAGCCGGCGAGUGUGACCUAAUACGCAUCCAUGACAAUGGCCACGCAUGCGCCUUUGACCUCCCCAUAGGAAAGCAUUAUUCAAUGAAAACUGCAAUAAUUACACUUGCAGGGUUAAGGGUAGUGGGAGUUGGCAUCCAGACCACUCCAAUGGGCAGAAGUGGUCUGGGUGCCUGGAGUAUCCCUUUAAAUCUGUUGAGUGCUCAGAUUAUUACACUUUGUGGGUGUGUAUGACAACUUGAUUAGAAUGAUGCUACAUUACAUAGAGCAAGUAUAUUAUGUCAUUCAAUGUAUGAUGUUUAGCGAUUUACGUUAAUUUAAUUAUCUGUACUUUCUGUCAGCAUAUACACAAAAGAAACAAAGUCAGAUCACUAUUGUUUUGUCACCUUCCAUAAGAAUGAGCAAACUCCUAUUCCUCUACUGUCUGUAUAAAGAUGACUUUAUUCUCUCUAGAUCAGGUCUGGGUGGAUCAGUUGGAAGCUGUUACUGCUCUCACAGGAGACAAUAUCACCAUUUCCUGUCACAUUAAUUUCCCAGCUGGAAGGAACGUUACUGUACAACAAGUCACCUGGAAAAUGGGAGAAGCUUGUCACAUAGCAAAUGAUAUAUUAGUUAUAUUCCCAUCUGAGGUCAGAGGAAGUACUGAGCGUUUCUCUGUGGUGGAUUUCCCUAAUGAUGUCUCCCUGCAUAUAAAUAAUAUACAGAUGAAUGAUGGGCAGACUUACUGCUGUUUAGUGAAAAUCAAUGAAGAGGAAUUCAGUACGAAACAUGGCACAGAGCUGGUGAUUACAGGUAAAAUAGAUUUAAUUCACUGAAUUCUUAGAUAUUUCAAUAUUUCAAUAUUUUCUUGAAUUAAGGUUUUUUUUUUUUAAAGGUACACACCCAGCGAUGUAAUAAAUACCCACCCAAUGUGGCACGUUCCUUCAAUCAGGAGCUUUGUUACUAUAAUUAAUCACUGCCCUCCCAGUUUCAUAGGACAUUCUCCCACCCUGUGUGUAAGGCUACCAGACCCCUCCAUUAAGGUCUGACAUCCCUUCUAGUAAUGAUUUAUCUGAUUAUGCAGGAUAAUCAUAUUAUUUUUCGUAUUCAUGAAUGAUACAAAACUGGGUUUUUGAUGGUUUUUCUCUGAAUUGUGUUUAUCCAGCCAACCAACAGGGCACAGAUCACAGAGAUUGUCAUAUCUUCUCACAACUCACAUUGAAACACAAGUUAGCCGCUCACUUCUAUACACAGGAAAUACACUUCUUGCUGAUUAUAAGCUAAAUAUAGAAUUGUAGUGAAUUUUUUGUAAAUCCAUUUUCUAUUUCCUCACAUACUUACUUUCUGAUCUUAUCCCCCAGGUUGCUAUCCACUUGUGUUGUUAAAUUCAUCUCCUCUACAGUGCAAGCUCAUCAGAUAAGGGUUUUCAUUAUCAACUUGCUCCUCUUACUUUUUGUAAUAGUUUUUCUUUAUUUCUAUUAUAUUCCCACAAUUAAAAUGUAAUAUGCUGCAGAAUUUAUUAUUUUUAUUAAUAAUUACACUUCAAUUCAAUGUUUAGUGAAAAUUAAGGAUUUCAUUUUAUAAUUUAGAAUUGUACAUUAAUAUUAUAAUUUUAUUGAGAAAGAGUGAUAGGUGCAGUGAAGGAAAAAAGUAUUAUAUCCUCAGCUAAUUUCGAACGUUUGUCCACUGACAAAUUAAUAAUCAGUCUAUAAUUUUAAUGGUAGGUGUAUUUUAACAGUGAGAGACAGAAUAACAAAACAUAAAAAAAAUCCAGAAAUAUGCAUGUCAAUAAACGUAUAAAUUGAUUUGCAUGUCAAUGAGUGAAAUAAGUAUUUGACCUCAUUGACUUAGGACUUGGUGGCAAAACCCUUGUUGGCAAUCAGAGAGGUGAUACGUUUCUUGCAGUUGGUCACCAAGUCAUUAAGGUUUCGAGGUUGAUGUUUGACAACUCAAACCUUCAGCUCCAUCCACAGAAUUUCUAUAGGAUUAAAGGGACACUGUAGUCACCAGAACAACUACAGCUUAAUGUAGUUGUUCUGGUGAGAAUAAUCAUCAUAUGCAGGCAUUUUCAUGCCAACCCUUGGGGCAACUCCUCAGAUGACCAUUGGAGGUGCUUCCUGUUGCACAGUAGCCAGCAGUGCCGUUCAGCGUCUCCACGCUUUGCAUGGGGACGCUGAAUUUUCCUCAUAAAGAUGCAUUGAUUCAAUGCAUCUCUAUGAGGAGGUGCUGAUUGGCUAAAAUGGCAUUUGGCCCAACCCCUUGCCGAUUUCAGCCAAUCGAAUGCUAAAAUCAGAAAUUCUGAUGAUGUCACUAAGAGGGCGGGGCUAGUGCCGGCAGACCCGUGCAGCGCUGGAAAUAAGGUACGUUUUAAUUGUUUUUGAGGGGGCUAAGUUGGGGCAAGCCACCUAAAUGGUUGUGUUAUUGACCCUAUAGUGUUCCUUUAAGGUCAGGAGACUGGCUAGGCCACUCCAGGACCUUAAUGUGCUUCUUCUUGAGCCACUCCUUUCUUGUUUCUGAUACUCAUGCAUUGUGUUCCAUAAAUUUUGAUACUAAAUCUCUGGUCCCAAAGUUCAUAGUCACAGGAGUUGUAAUGUGGGGAGAGAAUGAGGAGGAAAUGGCAGCCUGGUUCUAAGAAGGGACACCAGAGAGACAUGUGAGCCAUAUGACUGACUAUUCAUUACAGAUUUAGGUUUUUGUUUAACUUUAUAAAAGAAGAGUAAUAUAUAUUAAUUGUAUGUAUUGGUUUCACUUCAUAUUUCCAUAUUUACAGUAUAUUAUAUGUUUAGUCAGUGCUAUUUUCUGUUUCAUAUCACCUGGUUUGUGCUCUAUAUUAUAUUACGUUCUCUUCCCAGAGCUCAGGCGCAAUUCAGAAUUCACUGUUAAUCAGCCUGAGGAAUCCUCAACCACAGUAGGAGGCUCAGCCAACAUUACUUGCUCAUACAAUACUCCCAUAAAUAAAACAACCAUGGAUGCUGUGAUUUACUGGAGAGCUGGCAGCCAUGAUGGACCUAUAGCAUAUCACCCCUCCACAUGGAUGGUUCAUCCCACUUACAGAGGAAGGACAAAUGUAACACGGAAAACAGAUCUACAGAUAAUGGGGGUACAACACACAGAGAACUCUGUAUAUUACUGCUUUGUGACGCUCAAAUUCUGUGUUGGCAAUGGUGUCAUUAACAAUUCUAUCAGCUAUGGAAAUGGAACAAGACUGAUCGUAAUAGGUGAGAUCAGAAAAUGCAAAAAUGAUAUUCAACUAUUACUGUUAUGCAUGAAUGUAAUUAAACAGUUAAUACUAGAGUUGAGCAGACACCUGGAUGUUCAGGUCCUGCGGGUUCGGCCGAACUUUGAAAAAAAGUCCAGGUUCGGGCUCGAACUUGACCCCGAACCUCAUUGAAGUCAAUGGGGACUCGAACUUUUGGGCACAAAAAUGCCUCUAAAAAAGUCCUGGAAAGGGCUACAGGGCUGCAAAAGGAAGUAAAAUGGGGGUAAGAGUAGGACAAGUGCCCUGCAAACAAAUGUGCAUAGGGAAAUCACUUAAAAUAACAUAAAAUACAUAAAAUAAGCAGCCGCUUAGUAGAUAACUGCCUAUUUACCACGGUAUUAGGGAGCUAUCUACCAAAAGGCUAAAAAGACCUAAAUUGGUCCUUCAGCCAAAUUUACUAAUACUAAGUAAAGAUUACUUAGUAUUAGUAAAUUCAGCCCCUACUCGCUAUACCGUGAGUAGGGGCGUGUCUAGUAAACAGUGAGCAGUGGCUGCUCACUGUAAAAAACCAAAACAAACCUAUUGUCCCCACCCCUGUGCGACAGAUGGGGACCGUAAAUAAGAAUGUGGAGGGGAGGACCUACUGUCCUCCCCCCCGGCCCGCACCCCUGCGCGGCGGGUGGGGGGCCUAAAUAACAAUAAGGGGGGGGACUUACUGUCCUCCCCUUGGUCCCCACCUCUGCGCGGCAGGUGGGGGCCCUAAAUAACAAUAAGAGGGGGGAUCUACUGUUCUCCCCCCCGGCACCCAUUCCUGAGCGGUGGGGGGGCAUAAAUAGGAAUUUACACCCCUGCAUGGUGGGUAGGGGCCAUAAAUAACAAUAAGGGGGGGGCUACUGUCCUCCCCCCGGCCCCCACCCCUGCACAGUGGGGGGGGGCAUAAAUAACAAUAAGGGGGAACCUACUGUCCUCCCCCCGGCCCCCACCCCUGCGCGGUGGGUGGGGGCCCUGAAUAACAAUAAGGGGGGACCAACUGUGCUCCUCACCCCGGCCCCCACCCCUGAACGGUGGGUGGGGGCCAUAAAUGAGAAUUUGGGGGGGGACCUACUGUCCUCCUCACCCCGGCCCCCACCCCUGAGCAAUGGGUGGGGGCCAUAAAUAAAAAUUGGGGGGUGACCUAAUGUCCUCCCCCCGGCCCCCACCACUGAGCGGUGGGUGGGGGCCAUAAAUAACAAUAAGGGGGGACCUUCUGUCCUCCCCCCCCAGCCCCCACUCCUGAGCGGUGGGUGGGGGCCCUAAAUAAAAAUGUAACCACCCCAGGUGACUAGGGGUCCCCAAACCCCUAGUCACCCCUCUCCCCCCAAAAAAAUAAUCCCUAUCUACCCCACUCAUCCUAAAAAUAAUGAGGGGGACCCUUAUCUAAAUACCUGUAAAAAAAAUUAAAAAAAUAGACUUACCAUUUGAUGUCUUCUUUCUUCUAAACUCUUCUUUUUUCAGCCCCCAAAAAUGGCAAAUAAAAAUCCAUAAUAACCGACGCACUUUCAAAAAAAAAGAGCGCCAAAAAAUAUAAAUUUUCGCCUAUGGAGGGUUCCGCGCAGACUUAUAAAGCUUUGCCCGCCCUGCAAUUAGAUUCAGAGAAGUCUGAUUGGUGGGUUUAAGCCAUCCAAUCAGAGUGCUCUGACAGGUAAAUGAAGAGACUGACAGGUAAGUCUCUACAUUUACCUGUCACAGCACUCUGAUUGGUUGGCUUGAAAUCCACCAAUCAGAGUGCUCUGUGUCAUUUUACACAGAGUGGGAAAGUUCUUUGGAAUUUUCCCACACUGUGUAAUUUGACUCAUAACACUCUGAUUGGUUACUUAAUCCACCAAUCAGAGAGUUAUGAGUCAAACUACACAGCGUGGGAAAAUUCCAAAGAACUUUCCAACGCUGUGUAAAAUGACACAGAGCUGCUCACUGUUUAAUAGACAUGCCCGUACUUGCAGUAUAGCGAGUAGGAGCAUAAUUUAAUAAUACUAAGUAACCAGUUUAUAUAGAGGCUGGGUCACAUGCUACACUGGCCAAUCACAGCAAUGCCAUUAGUAGGCAUGGCUGUGAUGGCUUCUAAGAGCCUUUCAAAACGUAUUAUUAAAUCGCCGAACACCGUACUCCAACCCGAACAUACUGUGAUAUGUCCGUGUUCAGUUCCGGGGUCCAAAAAACGUAAUGUUCGGUACUGCAAAGAUGGGUACAGUUCUCAAAGGAUAUUAUAAGUAAGCUAAAAUAAUCUGAGGAACUCUCAAUAUAAACAUUGCUUUUCUGUGUAAUAAAUAUAUCUGCAACGAUUCUCUCAUUGAUUUUAAAGUAGUCUCACUGAUUGGUUGGGACUAUACAUUAAGGUAGAUGCCGAAUAUGCCUGACAAGUGCUGCAAAGGGUAACAGUCACAGGAAAUAAUAUUUAUAAUGCUAGUAGAUGCCAUUAAACGCUCAUCAAUGAGCUCCAUGUAGUAAAGUCAGAAUGCUGAACGUUACUGCCACCUGCCUUAUGGAGAGUCUCAAAAGUUUAUCUUCUAUUUAUAUCCCGUUUAAACAUAAAGUAUAUACAUAGAAAAUGUAAAUUUCCGCUCAGCAGAAUUUCUGAUAACAAAUUGUGGGUGUGUAGAUAUGUUAUUGUUUUCUGUAGAAUAAAUGUGCUUAACACCAAGUUUGAAUCACUAUUUACAGUUUGAGAGUUCUUUUUGUUGUGAAGAGGAAAUUAUAGAAUGUGUUGAGCUAUUUUUCUAAUUCGAGUUUUCAGGAGUAUUGAUUUUUUUCCAUUAUUCCUGAAAUUUUGCAGUCAAACUUUUUCUUUUGGCUCGAGCUGAAUUUUUUCAUGCCAAAGUUUUCCCAAAGCUGAAGACUUUGACAUUUUGAUCAUACCAGGUUUUCUCACUUCACACAAGUCUAAUUACCACCAUGUUGCAAAUUUAGAAACAUGUCAUUCCUGUUUCCUCUAGAUGGCAGAAUAUCACUGCACUUUGUAUACCAAAAACUGCUUUUUACUUGCUUUGCGUUUUUAACCUCGUAAUUUUAUGAUAUGUCAUUUUACUUCAGAAUCUGCCAUUUUUUACCCUUCCUUAGCUUUCUUUGACACCCAUAUUUCAUUACCAUUUUAUUUAACCCUAUAAAUCCUGUCAUUACCCACCUUCUUUUUAGCCCUGUCUUUACCUUGCUUUCUUUUGUAACUGUUUGUUUUUCCACAUUGUUUUCUUUUCCUGACUUACCUAGACUGUUUAAAUAAUUAUUUAAAUCCAUAACACUUCUGAUAUAGUGGUAAAAAACAGUUAUUGGCCAAUAUUUAGGACAAAUAAAGGAGUCAAAUACAGUAUAUUAUAGUGUAAUCAACCACGAAUGACUCCUUCUUUUGUCUCAUGUUACAAUGUAAUAUACAGUACAUGACUACAUUUGUUUUACAUGUUACAAUGUAAUACACAGUAUUUGACUCCAUUUCUCCCACAUGUUGGUAAAUAUCAGUUUUCUCACUAUUUCAGAUGUGUAAUGCAUUGCAAUAAAUAUUUAAUGAUUUUCUCACUCUUGGUAAGGUCAGGGAAAGAAAAUUUUGUUAAGGAAAAUACAGCUAAAUAGAAAGUAAUAGGAAAGCAGGGUUAAAAAAAUAAGGCAGGGAAUGGAUGGAAGAAGGAUCUCAGCACUGAGUGGACUCUUCUUUAGACAUGCUGGAAAGAAUUGUAAUCAACAGUAUUCCGUAGUCUACCUUCUGUCCAGUACAUGUGGUGGGUCUCCACGGGGAUGUGAGGAUUGGAAAAUAAUAGGGCAGCUAUUGUCUAUCCUUAAAUGUAUGGCACAGAAAAUCGAGCCUCAGUACAAAAAAAAAAAAAUGAAUUUACUCCUGCUGCUGCUUCUCCUUUUUUAAAUAGUCCGUUAUUUAAGUGGUUUCACCGUGGCUGGUUUAGUCCUCUUACCACUGCAGCCACACUUGAGAAAAGUUGACAGGGCUCUGAUAUUUUCCACAAUGAAGAAUGGCCACUCAUGUAACAGACUGGAUGUGUGGGAAAGCCUUGUUCUUCUCUCGUGUUUUUCAACUUAAAAUGAAAACUUCUGCUUAGUUAUUUUGUUAAUAUAGUCAAGAUAUAAAACAAUCCUUUUGUGAACUCGGUAUUGGCAUCAUAAAAAUGCCUGAUAUUGCAUAGCCAUUAGGCAAGCAAGAAUGUAGUUAUUCUUCUGUGGCAGUAAACUAAUAGAUGCCUUUUAUCCACCCUUUUGGUUUGACCAAACAUUUUCCCUAUUUUGCUUGGACUAAAUUCAGACGAGCAAAACUAAGAAAUGUAUAUGGAUAUUCUAUUUUUUAUUUUAUUUUUGACUGCAGUAAUUUUGGCAAACAAGUAUAAAACCCAGUAAUAUGCCAUCAGCUCUCAGCACACUGAUAUAAUAUAUAAUGUGUAAGAUGUAGACUACAUCUUAGUAUUGAGGACAAUGCUACAUCAAGCACACUUUCAAUGUAGCCUGCCUUCAACUUCUAUAUUUCACUUUAUUACAGUCUGAAACUAUUACACUUCUGGAUUUAUUAUUACACAUCUAUCCAGAGACUUUUUAAAUGCUUUCUCUCCCUGUCUUUCAUAAUUUAUGGUAUGGCUGCCAUUUUUAAUAAUAGCCCCCACUUACUGGCCACAGACAUAGCGACACUAUGUUAUUUUUUUCUGCUUGGGUUUUUUGUUUUUUUUAAUGCAACUUUUAAAAAAUAUAUUAUUAGUCUCGCCAUGGGGGAACAUCGAAUGGACAUUCCCAUUCCAUGAAAGAGGAAUGUUUCCUAAACAGUGAGCAGCCACUGACUGCUCACUGUAAUGGUCAAAUGGGCAGAAUUACCAAAUAACAUUUGAUCAGUCAACCAUUCAGUAAUUCGGACUGCUGAAUAUUUGUAUUACAUUUCCGUUCAUUUUGUCUUUGAAUGCACAUGUGUAAUAUGUAUCUCGAACUUUCUAAAUUACUAACCAGCUGGUAUUUCAGUGAUAAGGAUUUGAGAUCGUCAGGAUUAAUUACAUGCCUCUAAAAAGGGUGGCUGGGCAUUUAAUACACACAGUUGAUGAUGUGCAAAUAAUUCUAGAAUGUUCAUCUCAGUUUGUAUAGAGAAAUACCUUACCUAGGUAAUACAGAAACUCAUAAGCGGUCACAAAGGAUAUUGACUUUCCAAAUUAACUAUAACGUGGCUCUUUGUGUUUCUGGAAGACGAAUCUGAAUGAUAUGUUACUAAGAAAUAGCUUUGAGGUGCAUGACGAUAUAUAUGAUCUUACUUCCCUUCUUAAACAGCCUAGAACCAGCAAAACCUUUCUACUACUGUUCCAAUAUGUCCAGUAUGUCAAUCAUGUUUUGUUAGAUUUUGGUGUAUGUUUUGUUUACCUAAUGUACAGUACUGCAAAAUAGGUUGUCACUAUAUAAAUAAUUGUAAUUGUAAGAGAUAACAUGACUAUUACUAAUCAACUAGAUUUGUAUUUUAUAGUGUGAACAUUUUUCAAACUGAGUUGGGAAUGCCUAUAUCAGAGGUAGGCAAUCUUCUGCACUCCAGAUAUUGGGGACUACAUCUCCUCUGAUGCUUUGCCAGCAUUGUGGCUAGAAGACCACUAUAGGAGAUGAAGUCCACACCAUCCGGAGUGCCGAAAGAUUGCCUACCCAUGGCCUAGACCAUUCAACCUUUAACCUGCUGCAAUACAAUUAGUUUAUGGGAUGGUUAAUGUAUUAAUAAUACUAAGAUAAUCUACAUCAGCCUAAAAUAAUACAAUCUUUAUUAUAUAAGGAUAUGUUUGAACCUUUACUUGAUAUUACUAACUAUGAAAUCUUUUAAUAAAAGAAGAGAAAACCAGUCAGACACCACUGGUUACAUCCACAAAAUCUGGACCACCGAUGCACACCACCAGCCUAAAAGGUAAUUACAUUUUCAGCCUAAAAAUUUAAUUCUGUGGCUUAUUUCUCCGUUCCGCAUAAAAAUAACUAUGUCUCAUAAACUACAUUUCAUCAUACAAUACAUUACAAAUACUUAUUGUCUUACAAAUUGCAAAGUUGGAAGAUCAUAUAGCUUUUAAUAGUCAGUGGUAAUUUAUAUUAACUAAUGAAUUUACUCCCGAAGCUUUAUGCAUUCAAAAAGUGAUCUAACACAUGUAAAAUAAUGUAUUUUAGUUAUGUGUUGAUAUGUAUUGUAAUGUGUUCUAGCUGUGAUGCUAGUCCAAAAGUAUAAACUUAAGAAAUUACGUCAGGUUUGAACAUUUCAUAAUUGCAUAAUUUGUGGGGUAUUUGAAUCAGGAUUGAGGUUUUCUAUGGUAAUAUCAGUGAUGCAUCUGUGUUACCUUGUUUUAGAAUAAGAAAACAGAAUGUCUUACUGCUAAUUCCAAAGGUUUUAAAGGUCAUUCAAAUUUGUGAGAUGUAACAUAGCUUAGCCAAUAACUGAUACUAUACUCAUUUUACAGCCUAUACAUUUACAGGUGCUUUCCUUUCUUGUCACUUGCAUAAAACACAAUCACUUUCCAUCAUCAAGCAUUGCUCAUAAGUAAACUAUGAAACCCAUGGAAAAAAAAAUAUGUUCAGCACGCAUUUAAUUUUGUGAAGUGUUGGCUCAAGUUCUCCAUCUUGUCCCUUGGGAAUGUACCCCUAAAAUUAUGAAAAGAGCAAAACAUUUGAAACUCUCUAGCGCAAAAAUCUAUCAGGAAAUAAUAAUGAUAAAAAUAAUAAUAGUAAUAAUAAUAAUAAUAAUAAUAUUUACACUUCCUUCUUACCCUCGAUUCUAUUAUUUUAGAAACCAGUAGCACUAUGUUUCAUCAGACUACAAUGACAUCUAGCCCAACUUUGCAGGCUACUGAUCAUUCGGGAAGAGGCAAUCAUUUUCUCAAACUCUAAAUUGUCAACUUAAUAAUAAAUCUCAUAAAAACAAGGUUUCUAAUUUUUACCGUUAAUGGCUUUUCCUACAAAUCUCCAUGAAUUUAAUACAAAAAUAAAUAUCACUACUGGUAUCUUCAAAAAUUAACACACAGACUCAAAUUUAUUAUAAAUAAAUACAGCAUUUUAUGUAACAAUCUACUUGGAGAAAGAAGUAUAAGAAAUACAAAGCCUAAUCAUAGUAUAUGCAUUUAACUAAAGUUUGUGUGUGGAUCCAUAUAAAAGUUUUAUCUACAAUUUGGCCAUGAGUUCGUUCUGUACAUAUUAUCUUCUUCGGUGAAGAGAGAUAGACAACUUGUACUGCUAUUUUCAUGCAUUUCCACUCAUUAGUCUACUGACAUGCACAUAGCCACUUUUUCUGCAUACUGCGGGUAAAAUAAAACAUAUUUUUAUGAGAAUUCUAAAAUCUAUAUGAUAUGGAUGGCUUGCAGAGAAUUGUUUUCCCAUAUACUGACAUAACUUCUUACUCUUUAAAAAAAAUUCUCAAGUUUACGAUUUAAAAAUACGAUUUAAAAAUAUAAACGACAUAUAAUAAAUUUUUUUGAACAGAAAAUCAAUAAAUGAUUUAUGUCUAGAAACUUGCAUUUUAAAUAUAUGAUGUCUUUAUAUUGCGAUUUCAUUCCUUUCUUGAUAUUUUUUUCACAGGUGUACACAAAAUAUCAAGAACUCUAAUAAUAGUUAUCAGUUCAGUCAUAAUUCUAGCCAUUCUGAUUGUCAUGGGUGGAAUUCAAAUCUUUCGAAAAGGUGAGGUUUCCUAACUGCGUCUAUUGGUGGGGUAUAUUGUAUUCUAUUCAGCUCUCGGAACUGAACUAGUUAUACAGAUGUAAAAAUUAUAUACUGUUGGAGGUUUAAAAAGGGUUUCUGUAGGGAGUUGAAGAGGGUAUACUAAACUAUUUUCCUUAUAGAGGAAUGUUAAAAUUGGGGUCAGUGGAUUGGUACUCGUCCAUUUUCAUUCUAUGCUAGGAUCCCAUUUGUGAGAUUCAUUCUCUCUGACCUUGUAUAUAAAAAGGAAAACAAUAUACAAUAAAUAGUUAAGUAUAUCAAAAGAUCAAUAAAAUGAAUGUUCUACACUAUUACAAAUUAUACAAAAGAUGCACACCAAAUUCCACUAUAACAGGACUUUAAUGUAAAACCUAAAAAAAAUUACAAAAUUACACAUAGUGGCAUGGUUUGCAUAACAAAGCAAGAUACCAAACGAAUACAUUGAAAUCAUAAGCCAAACAGAGAGAAAACAGUGAAUUGCAAUCAAUCCUCAAACUUUCGACACAUACUAAGGCCUUUCUCAAGGGACCAGCGUGUAACCCAUAUCCUAUAUCAGGGAUAGGCAACCUUUGGCACUUCAGAUGCUGUGGACUACAGCCCCCAUAAUGCUAUUUCACCCAUAACACUGGCAAAGCAUCAUGGGAGGUGUUGUCCAAAACAUCUGGAGUGCCGAAGGUUGCCUAUGCCUGUUCCAUAUGGCUCUAAAAUACCUAAGACUCAACUGAUGGCAAUUAGUUCUAUACAAAGGAGUGCAAACAUGACAUCAUCAUGUGUGUCAUCAUGGGAAUAUAAAGAAUAAACUACCCCAAAAGUAUAUUUCUAUGAUUGCACACUUGGUAACGUUUGGGAAUUGAACUGAUAGCCUUCAGUUGGUUUUAAGGUAAAUAUGACCCAUAUUUGAUAUGUGUUACAUGCUAAUCCGUCAAUAAAGAAAUAAGAAUGCUGUACAACAAGUACCUAAUUCCCAAAAUUAGGUGUAUGGACUUAAUGGGUGCUGGUAUUAACCUUCACAUUUAUGCAAAUAGAUACAUAGAUAUGUGAAGACUCAUAAAAGCAAGAUCCUAUUUGAAGUUAAUGAGUAAUACAGAAGUCUCCAAUAUAUAUAUAUAUAUGUAUAUAGUACAUACUUCAAAGCUGUUGUAUACUCCAAGGAAUCCAUGUAUAAAAUAGAAUUAUGAGUCAAAAAUAUGUUUUUUCGUUGAGCUCAUUUUCAAACGCCUGCCCAGAAUCCCUGAAUUUCUGUGGGAAAAGCAAGUCUUAUGGCUUGGCUUGACUUGUGUAUUUGCAUCUAGCAAUAUAUUAACUAUAUAUAUAUAUAUAUAUACAGUGCAACCUUGGAACUAGAACCUAAUCUGUUCUAGAAGGAUGUUUGAGAGCUGAUUUGUUCAAAAAUCAAAUCAACAUUUUCCAUAAGAAUUAAUGUAAAUUAGAUUAAUGCGUUCCAGACCCCCAAAAUUACAGCACUUUAACACAAAUGUUAUGUUUUAAUAAUACCUUACAUGCAUAGAAUCCUACAGAAAUACAAUAAACACAAUGUAAACAAAAUGAAAAUGUUAUUUUACUUUACCUGUUUGCCGACAGAAGAGAGCUGUUUGCCGACAGAAAGGAGCUCUGUUCUCUGACAGAAUGGAGCUCUGUUGUCUAGUGCUAGAAGGCCGAUGUGUCAUACCAACAAGGUUAAUGCUGUGUGAUUUUGUUUUAAUACCGAGUUUGUUCGGGUACCAUGACAUUUUUUCUCAAAUGUUAUGUUUGAACACCGAAUUGUUAGAUGAAGGGAGCGUUCCAGUUCCGAGGUUCCACUGUAUAUAUAUUAUAUAAUUAUUUCAAGUAGGUUUUCAAUAAGAGUAAGAAUUCAUUGUACAGAAAUACUCUUUUAAAUAGGAGAUAUACUGCCUGGAUUUUUUUGGAUCAAGACAAUACAUAAAUCACUAAAACAAAUGUGAUUACACAGUUUCUCAAGUGGAAUAAAAUAAUAAAAUGUUUAUUAUACAAAAAAGUACAAAGCCACACUAAAAAUAAUGAAUGGUGAAAAAGGAAAAAUGGAAAGUGAAGUGGCACACAAGAUCAAUCAUUUGCAUAUCUGGAUUUGUAUUAACUUCGAAUCUUGUGUGCCACUUCACCACUCCUACAUUUUUUACAUUUUCACCACUCAUUUUUAGUUUUUACAGUUUUUACACUAUAUUGUAUGAUCAACCCUUAAAAAAAGGCAUUAGUUUAUGCAGAAAAGUAAAAAAUUGAGUAAAAGUGAAAUUUAAGCACUGUUUUUCUCUUUGGUUGGCUUAUAAUUUAAUUGUACUUAUUUUGUAUCUUGCGUUGUUAUCCAAGCCAUACAGCUAUGUGUAAUUUUAUAAUUUUUUAAGGCUUUGUAAUAAAUGUUUGUUUUGGUUUAGUUUGGUGUGCACCUUUUAUAGCACUUUGUGUGUUAAUUUGCACCUCAGUGAGUGCAGUAUUGGAUUUGCAUCCGGCAGUAUUAAUGCUUUGUUUGCCUGUCUGUAUCAUACACUAAUAUUACAACAUCUGAGAGUGGAAAAAACUCUUCUCUUGAUGACAGGAAUCGUCAAACAUAAUCAUUCCAUGAAUGGCUUGCAUUAAUCGAUUCCAAUUGAAAGCAUUAGAUUAAAAUGUUAAAAAGAGCAUACUUUAUAUUAACUAAAAUAAAUUGCUUCCUUAAAUAUAAAAACUAUAUAAAAUAUAUACUGAAUCCGGAUGUAUUGAGAGAUGUGAGUACUGAGUAGAUCAUAGGCCAACAUAAAGAAUGAGCUCUCCCAACUUAUAUUUUCCAAUAUUGGUAGAAAUUCUUUACUAAAACAAAUGGGAUUUAAUAUUCAUCAUCAGUACCAGUUGUAACAUAUAUUUACAGACUCUAAAAGGCUACAGAACAGAGACCCGAUCCUACGUACAAUGGGCCGUCCUGUAGAGUUUUAAAACCCAAAUGGAUUUUGGAAGUGUGUACAAUGUUCUGUGCUGUUCUCUUCUAACUCUAUGUUAAUUAUUAAUGUAAUGUGAACACAGUACAAAAAUAGUAAAAACGCUUAAAAUAUUGACAGACAAUAUACAAUAAUACAUUUGUAGGACCAUAUUAGCUAAAUGUAAUGCACAAUUUUAUGUUUAGGACUUUGUUGUAAGAAAGAACAUAGAAUGUAAGUAUAAUUUCCUUAUUUUUUUAAUAGAAUAUACUCUGUUAUCCACUCGAUAAGAUGCACAGCUAGAGCUCACUCUGCUCCUCUGUGUUAAAUAUACAUCUGAAUCGAAACUCUUUAUAAGAUAUUCUGCUACCUUUUGCUGCUUAUCCCUCUAUAAUAUACACAGCCUUUUACUCACACUGUUCCUGUCACUGUAAGAUACACAGCUAUCACUUACCCUUCUCACAUCUGUAUAAUAUACAAAGCUAUCACUUACCCUGCUCACAUCUAUACAAUAUACACAGCUAUCACUUAUCCUGCUCACAUCUAUAUAAUAUGCACAGCUAUCACUUAUCCUGUAGCCCAUGGAGAAGCAAAGUAAGUGGAAUGGGCCCUAAUAGAGAUGGGAGGCAAGCAUAAGAAGCAAUUAGUAAGUGGCUAAGGGGUUAAUAGGGUGGGUUUAAGGGUGGGUGUAUAUAUAGCGGCCAUUUUAGGUAGUGGCCAUUUUAAUCAGCCUUCUCUUACCGGUAGUAGUCUGCAGAUCAGGGUUGGAGUCUCCGUCUUUUGCUUUGCAGAUGGAUCAUGUGCAGGCCUUCUUGGCGAGUGUGUGGUCGGCUUGGGAUGCCUGGGACGUUAGCGGGGCCUUCAUCUGCGCCUGUGCCAGCCCACUUGGAAGACCAGGCCAUCUGAGUACCUUCGUCCCAGUGCUGUGUUCACAAGGAGGAGGAGCCUGGGAGCUGUGGUGGGAGAUCACGGGCAGAAGGCAGAGCAGGCGGAGGUGCUGGGAAGCUAUGACCUGUGCCGCUCAUGGACUGCGGUGUGGGCUCAGGAUGUCAGGGGGCUUGUGUGGAAUAGCUGGGGGUAACAGACGGGGUUCCGCUACUAUGGCCCCAGCCCCUGUUAGGGCUGGAGGACCCCUGUGGAUGCUGUGGGGGGAGCUCACUGAUAUCACAAGUGUUUUUGGUGGAUGUGAAGGACCCCCAAGCACUCCUAUCAGACCAGGUGUUAGCGGUGGGAACUUGGCAAGUUCUUGUUCGGCCCUGCCAGGGGCCAGGGAUGUUGUGCAGUGCCAGGCUGGCCAGGAGGCAGUUUGCAGGGCAAUAGUGGCUGGCCCUCAGCAAGAGGGCCAUAAGGAUCGCUCUCAGGUGACAGGAACAUGUUUAUCUGCGUCUGAGCUGUUGACCGGCUGGAACGCACAUCUGAAGAUAGCCUGUCAAAGAGUGCGCAGGGACAGUGCAGGGGCAGGUAGUCCCCUGUAG